UCAAAUAUUAUUUAAAAAAUAAUAAUAAUAAUGUGUCCAGUCAGAUGUAGCUGUAUUUUAACAGCCGGACAUCCCUGACGGUGUGUGGAUAGGUCAGUCAGAGUUAUUGGGUAAUAUAGAAAGCGAACAUGGCUGCGCCCACAGGACCGAGAGGAUCAUCUGCCGACGACCCGACCAGGUUUGAAGGUUUUCCGUUUGCAGUGGCCGCGAAACCACCGGAGGACAGCUCCGGUAAAGAGCACGUGCAGACCGGGGGUGUGAAAAAGAAGCCAUGCAGAGCUUGUACGGACUUUAAAUCAUGGAUGAAGAUCCAGAAGAAGCAGACGGCAGCUGCUGUACAGGAGACCCAAGCUGCUGAGGUGGAGCCACAAGACCCACAGUGUCCAUUGGACAGGGGAGAGUUGGGGCGUAACACCUGGUCCUUCCUGCACACUAUGGCAGCGUAUUACCCUGAUCAACCAUCUUCUACCCAGCAGCAAGAGAUGGGGCAGUUCAUCAACCUUUUCUCCAAAUUCUUCCCAUGUGAUGAAUGUGCAGAAGACCUUAGGGGCAGAUUGAAAACCAACCAGCCGGACACCAGGAGUCGCCAUGCUCUUUCUCAGUGGCUCUGUCAUAUUCACAAUGACAUCAACGUCCGGCUGGGCAAGCCUGAGUUCGACUGCUCCCGUGUGGAUGAGAGGUGGAAAGAUGGAUGGAAAGAUGGUUCCUGUGACUGAGUGAUGGAGGAUGCGAGGACUGAGCUUAGACCUGGGAGGAGAAAUUCUUUGUUUCAGUUCAAAACCUUUCAGUGGGAACAUCACAAAGUGGAGCUCACAUCUCUAUUGUGGAGAAACUUUACGUGAAGAGAGAUAGGCCAUGUGGUGCAUUUCAAAUUCUUGUUUUGUGGUCAGUUGAUAUAACUGGUGGUAAAAAAAAUGUAAAGAUACAAAAUUCAUUGUAAAUGCGUCACUGAACCUCUUGUUAAU